CUGCAAUAGUUUUCGUUUUGACGCAUGUUGUGGCGGUCAUACUCCUAUUGCUUGUGCAGAAGGGAUCGUUUGUGUGUUGUGUUGAGUAUUUGACGGAACAGUUGAUAAAUGGCGGGGGCGAUAUUAGAAAAUCUAAGUGGGAGAAAGCUGACCAUACUGAUAUGUUUUUUAAUGUUGUGUCAGAUUAUUUGUUUUCUGAUUGGCGGACUUGUUGCACCGACGCCGUCUACCGCAGACCACAUUUUGGCCACAAAAUGUUGGGAUCCUGAUCCCAAAAAUAACACCGAGAAGUGGUUCUACGCUCGAGGUCGCGGUAAAUGUCAAACAAUUGAUAUACACGAUCACACUGAGCCAAAUAUGCAAGCAAAUAAUAUUGUCUUCGUUUUUCAAAUUCCACUACCAAGAGACAGUUUAAUGCACGAUUACUCGCGGUGGCAACAAAAUCUUAUUGGAAUCCUACAGAUUGAUAUAGUGUACCAAAAAGGAGUUGAUGAAAUGGAGCCGCGCGUUCCGUUGACGUUAAAUGCAAGGCUGGCUUAUCGAAAUAAAGGUGAUGCCGAUGACGACUGGAAAAGUUAUGCCGCUUCAGUUGAAGAAAGGAUCCUUGAGUGUUCAUCUGAUAGAAAACCUGGUUACAACUAUAACUGUUCAUUAGUUCCGUUGUUUGAGUUAGGUUCUCUUCAUCAUGAUUUCUAUUUAUUAAAUAUUCGCCUGCCAGUGGAUGCCAAUAAAACCAUUAACAAAGGUCUGGGACAUGUAGAAGACUUGUGGCUAGUUACCAUUAAUCAGAAUGGAGGUUUUACAAAAGUUUGGGUGUCUCUUAAAAGCGUAUUCUUCCCAAUAAUUAUUGGUAUAAUGGUAUGGUUCUGGAGAAGAGUGCAUCAGUUGUCUCGCUCCCCAGCACUUUUGGAGUACAUGCUGUUUUCUUUAGGAAUUGCACUAACUGUGUUGAAUGCACCACUUGAAUAUUUAACACUCUCAUUUGACAUGCCUUUCAUGUUACUCCUUUGUGAUAUACGGCAAGGCAUAUUUUACGCAACACUGCUGUCCUUUUGGUUGAUAUUUGCUGGAGAGCAUCUGAUGAUUCAAGAUACUGCGGAAAAAAAUACGCUGCGCACCUACUGGAAACAUCUGAGUGCUGUAGCUACUGGUUGCAUUUCUCUUUUGGUGUUUGAUAUAUGUGAACGUGGAGUGCAACUAAGAAAUCCGUUCUACUCCAUUUGGGAUACAGAACUGGGAACAAAUUUGGCCCUAUCUUUCAUUAUAUUGGCGGGUAUAUCAGCAGGAGUAUAUUUUCUAUUUCUAACUUACAGAAUUUGGGCAGUGUUUUGCAACAUAAGUGCUAAAAGAUCAGCACUGCCUUCAUUGUCUUGUGCACGCCGUUUACAUUACCAGGGAGUAAUAUAUCGAUUCAAGUUCCUCAUGUUAGCUACAUUGCUUUGUGCAUUAAUGACUGUUGUGGGCUUCAUUCUGGGACAAGUAUCUGAGGGUCGGUGGAAGUGGAAUGAUCAAAUAGAGAUUGAAUUCACAUCAGCUUUUUUCACGGGAGUCUAUAGCAUGUGGAAUAUUUACAUAUUUGCACUUAUUGUUUUAUAUGCUCCCUCUCACAAACAAUGGCCAUCAGAGGCAGAUAUACGCAGCAAUUGUAAUGAGGAAAUUGAAUUCAGCCGAUUAGCUACUGAUCCCAGUGAAAUCUCAUCUUUAACGUCAUUUGCAAGGAAAUCUGCACUUGAUUAAUGGCAGUGUAUUGGUUGGUUGCAAGGUCUGUUGCCAUUGUCUUCAAUACCAGAAUCUGAUAUUGAACACAGUUUGAUUUAUGGUAAUAUGUGUACUUACAGGUGGUGUAAAUGUAGGCAUUUGUUCAAAAUGCAGAUGAAAGAUGUGGCAUGCAAUAGUGUAUUAGCAUUGAGCAUGAUUUUGUGUAAUAAUUCCAGUCAUAAUUAUAAUCAUAUAGUAUUACCUGUAGCUUAAAAAGUGAUUAAAAUUUACAUUUUCAAGUUUAUGAUAUGCCAAUGGGGUUCAUUCUCUGUAUGAACUAAUCUGAGUUGUGACAUUACUGACACUAUGCUAUGUUUAUAGUAUAGAAAAAUUUGUCAAAUUAUUAAGCACUUCAUUGUAAUCUCAAAUACAGAUCUGCUGUAUUUUAUUGGCUGUCAUUGUGUGUUUGAAGUAAUUGGCUUUUGUUACAUUACUGACACUUCAUUAUUUUUAUCUUUUAAAAACGUUGCUACCAAAUAAACAAGGGCUUAAUUGCAUUCUCAGAAAUCUACAUUUAACAUACUGUAGAGUGAGCUUAGUAAGUAUAUCAAUGAAGUGUGUUUAUUGUUGUUUUUAUGUACGUCUUUCAACAAAUGCAUAUUUAACUAGAGAAUCUCUUAUGAUCUGGUAGAUAAUUAUUUCAUUUCAUAAAUAUUCAUGGGCAUCUGCAGAAAUUUGUCAGGGGGAGGGGGGGGGGCAAGACUCUAAAAUUGCCAUUUUAUUUUAAUGAUUCUGUCAGUUUAAAAAUGGGUUGUGCCACAAGAAAUAAAUUUUGUAGGUGACAAAAAAAAAUUAUUGGUGUUUGCUCAGUACUUGCUGUAGGUAGAUCACUUCUACUCUGUAAUCCAGAUUCCAGGGGAAGGGGGUAAGUGCACUAUCUUCCUUUAUGCCCCCUCCACCUGUUUGCAGCCAGCUGUGUUCAUUUCUGCAUUCAAAAUUUGAAUUUGCCUGUUAGAAGGCAUGUGUAUGGGCAUUAACUGAGCACAAUAUUACUGCACUAGGCCUCUCCCAUGGCACCCUCUUUCUGCAGGUGCAGUAAAAUUGUGGUUGAUUGAUACAUGCUGUUUUGCUUAUAAGAAUCAUUUAAUUUUCUUAUUAAAUUAGUGACCUGAUAGGUUUUCAUUCAAUAAGAGACCUUUCUUCCUUAAUCUUUUCUGAUGAUCUACAUUUCAAGUGGAUUACUUUCGUGUGGUCAAUCAUACACAAUGUGGUUUUAUAGUCAGUGAACUGAUUUGCAUUAACCUGAUUUCUCCAAUUUCAUUUGGUAAUAUUUGGUUUAUUCAUUGAUGCAAAAAAAAAUUAAUGCAUCUAAUACUAGUACAUGAUUUAUAUUAUGUUGUGAAUAUUGUUUCUGUAUUUUCAUUUAGUCACUUUUAGUAACAACAUGGCAACUUCAACACAGUUAUGUUAAAGGUUUUACAAUCAGUGUAAUAGUUUCUACACAUUAACAUAAUAAAAUUUGUAUGUUAUGUUGAUGUGUUUAGUACUUUGGUACUGUAUAGUGGCUUGAAAAUUAAAAUGUUCCUGCAGAUAAAGUAUUUAGGAAAGAUGACCAGUCCUAUAGGUGCCACCUUACUGUAAGAUUGUACAUAUGUUUAUAUUUUCCUUGCACUAACAGCCGUUCAUUUUUGGAAAGCCUGUAAGGGGGGGAGGGGGAAGGACAAGAUUGGAACAGUCCUAUUAUUGUGUGUUGUGUGGAGUAAUGUUGGCAGCACUUGUUGUGAAGUGUGAUUAAAACAUAAGUGGGUGUGUCGACAAUUGGCUGUAAGUAGCCAAAGUGUUUUGUUGUGUAGAAUAUUGAAUGGUUUCUGGUUUGACACUGUAGUGGCUGGCACCAUCCGUAUUAAUUUUAGCUGGGAUUCUAUUAAAACAUAUUAGAUGCACAUUUGAGAAGUUACACCGUGAUAUCCAAUGUAAGAGGACUGGGUAUUAACAACAUUAGCAUAAGAUGAUUGUCAGAAGCUCUCUAUCAUAUGUGACCAAUUCUAGUCUGAUAUGUCACCAGUUCCAUAUAAGAAUGUUUUAUUUGUAGAGAUUUUGUAUUUUUGUAUGUAACACGUAUUUGUUUACUUUAACCAGUACAGAGUCUGUCAAGAUAACAAUCUUUAAAAUAAAAUAUAACUAAUCUUGGUGGAGUUGACAAUACGUUCCUGCUCACUCUGUCAAUAUCAGUAAAAUUAAUCAUGUUAUUGUCCAUAUGUAUGUGUAUUAACCACGUCAUGGACAUUUAUCCUGCUUGACAAAGUAUGAGUAAUGUGUUGUCAUUUCUCAACAGCUGUUUCAUAACAUGUGAAAAGUAACAAUAUGCUUGAACUCAUUUAUCUUUCCUAAUCUUAUGGUGACAUCACUCACCAUGUGAUUACACCAUACUGAGUUCUUUAAAAAAAAAAGCAAUGAUUUUCAUGUUACUGUAUUUCAUUUGUCAUUAUGUAAGUUCAGAGAGAGUAGACUUACAAUCUGAAACAGGUACAGAACACAGUUGAUCUAUCUAAUUUACCAAAUGACAACUGCACAGUGUUGGAAGGUGGUGGUAGAAAUUUUUCAAGCAGUAGUAUGUGCAGUCAGGUUUGAAUCUGCAAUAUGGUUCAUGUGCUGUUACUUUAAAAAUUGAAAACAGUUUUGUUUGUAACAUGUGGCCUAAGCAAUCAACAGAAAUGACUGAGGUGGCCUUGAACUGAUCACUGUAUAAGUUGGCCUUGUAUGCAUAGUUUAAUGUAAAACCAGAGCGACUUCAUUUUGUACUUUUCUAUUAGUAACAUGAAAGAGCUUCCAUUACUUGUAAGAUUCACACUUGUUUAUCUUCAAGAAAAGUAUUUCCAAUUUAUAAACAUUUGCUUGUAGUUUGUUUUUGAAAGUUUUUUCCAGUGCAGGGCUUGAUUUACAUUAUUUAGUCACAUAUUUAUAAUCUGAUAUUGCUAAAGACUGUCAAAUUUUAAGGAGAGUAACUAAAUGUGGUAUUAAGAGAGGGGUAAUUGCUGUGAAACAGAAGAUAUCUCUAUUAAUUUAUUUUUAUGUCGCAUAAAGUAUUAUGUUGUAAUAAUUAAUUUUCUAAUGUAUAUUUGUGAGAAGUUUUGUAUUUCACAUUGCCUUUAUUGAAAAUGGCAUGUAGGGAAAGCUUUUUUUUUAUGUUUAUAUAAGUGCCAUUUUAAAAUGUUACGGCAGUAUUCUUUUGUAUCUGAAAAGUGUUAUUCAAGACUGAAUUCUCCAUUUAUUGCACCAAUAACAUAUUAGGAUGGACUGUGCAAAAACCUAUUCCUGAAAGUCUGCCCCCGUAUGUUUGGGUUUGUGUUCUGAUGAGUGUUUAGUUUCAUGGGGGAAAAAAAUGCAAAAAUAUUGUGAUGGUAAAAGUUAAUAAGAGCAAUGCUGUUUUUCUUCCCCAGAGCAGUGUUCACUAUGGGAUGUGAAGGAAAAACAGUUGGGUAGACAGUGUGUAAUGUGACAGCUAUACCAGAACUUACACACACUUGCUUUGGUGGUAUAAAUGUAAACUUAGUUCUUAUGUUACAAUAGGACCAUUACAUUGUGUACACUGUAUUUGCCAAGAAAUGACCAGGGGAAGCUACAUACUGUGCACAGUGCUGAAGCUUUUAUUUUGCACUCGCACACUGUCUGUUCUCUUGCCUCUCAUUUAUUCCUGAAAACUAUCUUCCCAUUAAACUGACACAUGCCAAGUUACAUGGCAUAGAGGAAAACUGCUCUGGGUGGAACUGCCCCUAUUUUUAACCUUUACCAAUUAUAGUUACUUGCAGCCAAAUGAACUAAAAUCUCAUGAAACUGCAUUUUUAUUAAAUGAACUGAGAUAUUGGGUUUAUCCAUGACUGUUUUUCUACAUUUCAAAUGAUUUGCUGAACAUGUGAUGAAGGAAUUAAAAAUUUCCUAGGUAUUUAUCUGAUGGAAUGGUCCUGAACUGAAGGGAGAUGGGUGGGAAGGGUAUUUUGAAAUGUAACAUAACUGUAUUGUCCUAUAAAUAUUUGUAAAUGGAGAAAUAAAUUGUAAUAGUUUAUUCAUCCACAUAAAUAGAAGGUAAUUAUUUUAAUUCAUACUUUGUAAUAAUACUAUUGAGUGGACUUCUGUCUUGAGAUUUGCUGCGGCAUGUGAUUCUCUAGUAAAGUCAGAACACUUAAUGCAGUGCAUUUAUGCAUUUACUGACACACAAAUAGUAUCUUUUUUAUUUGUGAUUGAAUAUUUGUAAUUUUUCAAAGAAAAACAACUUUGUCAGAAAUUUUGUACAAGAUUUUAAAUACGCAGUAUUAAUGUGUCAUUUACUGAAUGUUUCUGAACAUUUAACAGUCUUAU